CACCAUUCAUUCCCGGUAAGAGAAAGCCCUUGCAAGAAGAUAACUGGAGAAAGAGAGAGAGAUGGGUUGUAUUCACUAUGAGUCAGCAGAUCCACGGACACUUCCUGUCCAAGAGAAGCCAAAUGACGAAACUUUCAACACAGUCUUUCAAGAACACGAGGAGCAAGGAGGAAUCCAAGAAGCUUGGUCGGAUAUCAAGAACCGCGGUGGAAACGUUGGAGGUUAUAUCGCCGGUGAGAGUAGACACAAGCUUGAGAAGAGGAAGAGCCAAGUGUUGCUGGAAGGUUACGUGGAGGCUCAAGAUGAUCAAGAAGAUCUGACGAGAGCCAAGAGCUUGACGGAUGAUGAUCUUGAGGAGCUAAAAGGUUGUUUAGACCUAGGGUUUGGGUUUAGCUACUACGAGAUCCCUGAGCUCUGCAACACUCUGCCUGCUUUAGAGCUAUGUUACUCCAUGUCCCAGAAGUUCUUAGAUGAUGAUAAGAAAACCCACCAAGAGAACUCGCCGCUGCCGCCACCGACGACCACGACCAGUCCAGUUGCUAACUGGAAGAUCUCUAGCCCUGGUGAUAAUCCAGAUGAUGUAAAAGCUAGACUCAAGUACUGGGCACAAACCGUAGCUUGCACUGUCCGGUUGUGUAGCUGAACAAGAAUCAUCAUCAUCAUCUUGUCUGAACAUAUAUUUGGUUGAACCAGAAAACAUCUACUGAUUAGACUUUUCUUUGCAUGAAUGAAGUCUCUGCCAACUUUAGCUGAGAAUAGACCUGCAUUGUGUCCAUGGAGAAACUGGCUUGGCUUUUUUACUUUUUUACUCCUAUGUAAGUGUAGUAAUAAUAUCCUUAGCCUAACGUUUGUAAUAAACCGGAAAUAAAUGUGUCAUUGUUACUAAAUAAAAACUUUCCAACUCUUUCUCUACAA